AUGAACCCGGUGCCUAGUACAGUAUGCUCUCCUUUAUUUAGGCCUUUCCUUGAUGUACCAUACCGCAUUGCCGAAAAUUAUACUGAAUAUGAAGAACUAUGCAGUGUUCGCUGUCUUAAUGAUGAAGUUGUCUGGACAUGUGGGGAUAACAAUAUCAUGAAGAUCUUCAACCUCCAGGGUGAAUUACUGACAUCAAUACAAACCGAGUCAGGGAACGAUCCACAGGACAUAACAGUGACACGGGAUGGAGAUCUUGUUUAUACUGACACUGAUAAUAAAACUGUAAAUCUAGUGAAGAAUAAACACAUAGAGAUCAUAAUCAUACUACAGGGGUGGAAACCUUUUCAUUUAUGCAGCACCUCCUCUGGCGACCUCUUGGUUUUCAUGUGCAGUGGCGAUGAAACACAAACCAAAGUCGUGCGUUACUCCGGCUCCACAGAGAAACAAAGCAUUCAGUUUGAUGAUCAGGGUCGUCCUCUCUACUCAUCUGGUAACAUUAAAUACCUCAGUGAGAACAGGAACCUGGAUAUCUGUGUGGCUGACAAUGGAGCUAGUGCAGUAGUGGUGGUCAAUCAGUCAGGAAAACUCCGAUUUAGAUACACUGGUCAUCCUUCUGAUACAAAGGAAUCAUUUAAUCCAGUCGGCAUCACUACAGACAGCCAGAGUCACAUCCUGAUAGCAGACUUUCAGAAUGCGCGCAUCCACAUCCUAGAUCAGGACGGACAGUUUCUCCGUUACAUUUGGAAGUGUCGUUUACGAGAGCCAUGGGGAUUAUGUGUGGACAGUAGAGACAAUCUCUUUGUGGCUGAGUACUUUACCAGGUCUAUUUAG